UGGGGGGUGAAGGACGCGGUGGCAGAGGUGGUGGUGGUGGUGGACGCUCAGUAACUACCGCGUUAGUUAAUCAAUGCAAUGAUGGCGAACCCUUACGGCAUAUUUCCGACCAUGCCGACCAAUAGUAGCACCACGCUAUUAUGUGCGCAGUGCAAGAAAUUCUUUACGUACAUGGACAGUGUGGUGCUGUGUGACGGGGCGUGCAAGCGGUGGUAUCACAGCAAGUGUGCCAAGCUGCCCGAGAACAAGUUCCGCGUCAUUCAGGACCGGGACGAGAACAGGAGCCUGGGCCUCAAAUGUAUGUGGGCGUGCAAAGACUGCAGGGAUCGGCCAGACACAGGCAGGGACCCAGAAUUUGAGUCUUACGUCCGGGAGAGACUCGGAAAACUGAGCCAAGUUUUGGAAUAUCUGGUGACCAAAAUUCAAGAAAUAGAGAACAGACAGAAGAGUCAAGAAGUGGAGAUGAAUAAGGAGACUGGCGAUGCUCUGUACAACUUCACCGGCAACUUUGCAGGAGCUUCAGCAGGAACACAGGCUGCAGGUUCAACCAGCCAAGGACCACAAAUCACCGGUCAGGGUUCUUCAAAUGCAGGACUCAAAGAGGCCAUGGAAUGUCAUUAUGGUGACUGUAAGUGUAUCAAACAGGAAUCACAUGGUGAAGCUUCAGUACCCAAACCAUGUUCUGGCAAACAUUGUAAUUGCACGUGUAAAACACACAAAAUUGUAAUGGCAACUAAAAAGGAAAAUGUUGGUAAAAUCCACAAAUGCCCUCACUGUGACUUCACUAGCAAGCGGUCAGAUAAUGUCAAGCGACACAUGUUGCGACACACAGGAGAGAGACCUCACAAGUGCCCCCACUGUGACUUCAGUGCCAAGAGACCGCACUCCCUCAAAAAACACAUUGAAAAUAUUCACAACAAAGAUCUCAGAGGACAUGAACUUAUUGACAGCAUCCAUAACAAGGAUCUUAGAGCUCAUGGCCUGGUUGAAGAUAUUCAUAACAAGGAUCUUAGAGCAGAUGGUAUUGUUAGAUAAAAUGUACUUUGUGUUCAAGUUUUCUUACACUAUAAGAUAGAAAGCAUUAGACCAUAAUUCAGAAGAGUACUUGAGCUCCUUAUUAAAUGUAGUACAUGGAGAUAUAAGCUGUCUUAAAAGUAAAGAGGAACACAAUUUGAUCAAUUUAAUGUGGUUCUGAUUCCAGUUUUGCAGCUCAGGGUAUGCUAGAAAGUUUCUCUCUCUCUCUCUCUCUCUCUCUCUCUCUCUCUCUCUCUCUCUCUCUCUCUCUCUCUCUCUCUCUCUCUCUCCCUGCAGUCUGACACAGUUAAGCCAUGACCCAGUUUCUUGGCAGCCAUUAUGAUAGAUCAUAGAGGUCCAUUCUUUCACUUCACAGUUGUGUUGUUCCCACACAUCCUUAUUACUCAGGCUAUCUUUAGUUUUCUUAAUCAAAUUACAAACAUGCUUCUAAAAUAUUGGAAAGGUGAAUCAAUAAUUUAAUUUUCAUUCAGGUGUUCAAGAUCUGAGAUGGUGAGUUAGGUUCACAUAUCUAUGUCUUCCUUUGGAUUUCUGUGAAACCAUUAUAUCUCAUGCCAAAGGUAUUCAUAUUUAUGAAAGAGUUUAAAAUGUACAUAAUAAUUUUUACAUCAUCAUCAUCAUUAGUUGCAGGUCAGAAUCCUAUCCCUUUUCUCAUUUUCAUUUUCUGCCUUUUAUUUUGUGUUAUAUCACUAGUGAAGUUGAAUAUUUUUUUGUUUCUUUAGUGAGGUGUAUGUGCAUGUAAUCAUUCAAGGAGGACAAUAAAAUUUUUUUAAAAUGAAAUACUUGUAAACAGCAUAUAAAAUUUAUUGAUUUUAUGUUUGCUAACAACAUGUGUGAGUGUUGAAUUAACGCUUUACUCGUUAAAUCCACACACUGACCUAUUUUGUGACAAUUUCUUCAUCAUUACAGUUGAUUAAUUUUCUGUAUUAUAAGUUUUAGUUUCAUUACUAAUUGUAUGUGUGUGUGUGUGUUUGAGAGAGAGAGAGAGAGAGAGAGAGUGUCCCUUGACUUGAAACAAAUUAUUUGACAAGUGAGAUGCAUAAAAACAGGUAUUUGUGUUAUAAAUUCUUAUAUAUAUAUAUAUAUAUAUAUAUAUAUAUAUAUAUAUAUAUAUAUAUAUAUAUAUAUAUAUAUAUAUAUAUAUAUAUAUAUAUAUAUAUAUAUAUAUAUAUAUAUAUAUAUAUAUAUAUUAAUACCUAUUUUGACCUACUUUUCAUGUUAGCUUGAUUUUUCAAAAUUUGUAGUUGCUGUAGUCAUUGCUUCUGGACCAAGACAAAAAUGUGGGAGGAGUGAAGUGAAGGAGGCAAAGACAGAUGGACAGCAAGGGACCUCCUGGACCCAGUCUGUGUAAUUUUUAAAAAUCCUAGUAAUUGUCAGAAGUAGAUCAGGGAGAGACAUAUACUUAAAACCUUUAGAUCUUG